AUGGCUGAAAACUUCGAUUCCGUGCCAACAGUCACUAUCAUCGGUGCAGGGCCCUGUGGCUGUGCCUUUGCGGCUGACCUGGCCAACCGCGGAAAAUCAGUCAUGCUAUACGCCCACCCCGAUCAUCGCGGCGGGACGGAUAUGAUUGAGAAGAACGAUGGCUGGUUGAAUGCAGCUGGGGAGAUCAGUGGAAAAUUCCAGAUCAAGACCACCAGCGACCUCUAUAUUGCCAUUCGACACUCUCCUUUUAUCGUGACCACCGUACCCUCAUAUGGCCAAGACACCAUCUUGACAUUGCUGAGUCAAUUUGACCUACGAAACCAUACCCUCAUCAUCAACGUGGGCAAUUUCUUCUACCUCUCUGCCCGUUCGAAGAUCAACGCCCAUGCAAUCCUCGAGACUGACAUCUCCCCUUACGCCACCCGCAUCCAGGGUGACACUGUCUUUGUCAAGGGGUGCAAGAAGACUCUGUCAAUCUGGGCCGAGCCACCAAACACCACACAAGUGGAGCGACUUGACCCGCAGGCUGAGCUUGGCCUCCGACACAAGGUGGAGAUGAUCUUCUCUCAGAAGCUAGUGUGGUGCCAGAACCUGCUCGAGGUUGGGUUGAACAACGUCAACCCAGUCGUGCAUUGCCCUGCGGCACUCAUGAACGCAGGCUGGAUCGAGGCCACCAAGGGCGAUUUCUACUUCUACGCCCAGGGAAUGUCGCCCGCUGUCUCUCGCGUGACUGAAAAGGUGGACAAGGAGCGUCUGGCAAUUUCCCACGCCUAUGGACUCGAGAUCACACCCAUCACGACGUACAUGAACCAGAACUAUAACAACGAUAGGGAAUACACCGACUACCACGACUUUGCCUCAGGCUCCGUAGUCCACAACAAGACCAAGAGCUCCCCAACCUCCCUGAAUCAUCGAUACUUGUUGGAGGAUGUUCUCUAUGGCCUGGUCCCCUGGUAUGAGCUCGGUGUGAAGUGUGGCUUGGCUUCGCCAACUAUCAGAGCACUUAUCGAGAUGGCGGCGGUUGUUAGCGGCUUUGACUACUUUGAGCACGGGAGGACGUUGAAGUCUGCUGGACUUGGCGAUGCCACUAAAGAGCAAGUGCUUCAUGCCUUGGGUGGACCAGUGGACAAGACUCCUAGUUCCCAUGCACCCUUGCCAGAAUCCCCUAUUGGCAACAAGAUGGAGCUGCACGCUCCACUGCAGACCGCUCGAGUCGGGGCGUGA